CUGAACCAAACCUUCGGUAGCCUCUACAGUAAGUCUGGAAAGGAAAUUGUGCUUAAUCGUUAAUGGAUCAAAUUACCAGGAGAAAAGUAAGGAAAUGCGAUAGUCAUCGCAGCAUGUGUGCGAUGGUCAUCGCAGCAUGUGGCAUCAUGAAUCGUAAUGACUUUCAAAUGCUUCUGCUGUGAGAACUCGCAGGAUUAUUUUGACUAUUGACCACUCGGGGCCGAGCUCUGACAGCUUUUUUUAAUUUUCAUUCUCACUUAUCUGAACAUUCCACAUGUCCCGUGUUUCCAUACUAUCAUCGCCUGUGAACCGUGCUCAGCCAUUUCAGCAAAUCGUUACCAAAUGGGGAGAACGGUCAGUUAUACUACAGAACACGACAUCCCCCCCCUCCUCCUCCGGUGCAGAACGGCCCCUAACAGUAAGCCAUUCAGAGACCCCAUCAUGCGCUUGGCGUUGGGGCCUCGUCCAAACCGCCGUCUCUUCCCUCCAAAGCCAGAUUCCAGACAUGCCACUUGUGUUUUCCCUGGCACGGGGCCACCGAGGCCGUCUCAGUGUCCUUCUGUGUGCUCACCACCACCCUGCCCCGUGCUGCUCCGACGCUCACUUCAUUUUCCUAAAACAAACCCAGGGCCCCAGGCCCUUUAAAAACUAGAUUGCCUCUUAUGGGUGAGAGCUUAAAUGCGCAUGCACGAGAGGCAUGUAAGAGAGUGUUGUCUGUGGUUAAUAGCAAGCAGAACCGCCACAUUCCAGCUGCGUAUAAACAAGGCGAACCCUGCUGCUUUUCAGAGGCUCCCUCGCGGCGACUGUGGCUCUCCGGUUCCUCCCGGCUCUUCGUGCACCUCACCUUGGCCCUCAGGAGGUCUCUCCUCUGACCCCGUCGAUCCUGUGGGAUUACGUUUAGACGGAGGGGGAACUGAUUGGUCGGCCACGGCUGUUGAAUGACACUACUGGAGGCCUCGUUGCAUUGCCUCUGGUGCGUGUGUGUGUGUGUGUGUGUGUGUGUGUGUGUGUGUUGGGGGAGUGUUAAAGCCCCCCACUGGGUCCCACUUUGCCCCAGUGAUUCAACCACUCCCAGAGCCUUUUCUGUCUCCCCCUUUAAAACAAUGGCCAGCUGUGUUCCUCGGAGGAAGGGUGAGGGGGUCUUUAGCCCACAGAGGCUUGAUACCCUACUUAGCCAUUUGGCCCCUCAACAUGCUCACCGGCCUCCAUCUCUUAGCAGGUAAUUAGAAACCGCCACAAAAUGCACAUAGACGGUGGAAUGUGACGGCUCAACCACUCAAACAUGCUUGUUUGCAGCUGGUGGCCCGCCUCACUGAUAAUGACAAGGAUGAAGGGGGAAGAGCCAGGGAGAAAGUCUUAAAUGAAGAGUUGGAAAGGGCCACAUUGGUUUGCGGUGAGCUAAUUGUUCUGUCCCACCCAAAACAUGGGAGUGUUGGGGGCUUUCAUGAGAAUGUCCUCUUCCUUUAUUUGAUCAUGUUACUGCCGGUCAUAACUUUUUUUAGUUUGGGUAUUUCAUCAUUUACAGUUCCUCAGUGAACGUCUCAGUUCUUUUAGACAUGUCGCCACAUGUUCCCUUUUGUUUUCUUCUCUUCAGCGGAGAUGAAAUGUUAUUAGCUUACGGCAGUUGAAAAACAAUAGUGUUCUUUGUGGAGAUGGGACAAUCCCAGUUCUUCCAACGGCAGUUUCCCUUUUGUUUUGUGCUAUUAAUAAAUCUGUUCAUUACAGAUAGAAGAGUUUCCACACAACACACCCUGCGUGUUAUUCUAAGCACCGGUUGCUUGGUGCCGCUUCCUGUCUUUGUAAAGCUCAUAUCUUUGCAUUUGUCUAUGUUCAUUAUUAUAGAAGCACACACUUUUUCGAGGCCUUGAGUGCCAAAUCUGUUACUCAUUGCCCAAGUCUUAUCACAUGUCCUGGGAAUUUCUGGGUACUUUGAGUCUGUGGAGCUCAUCAGGGAAGUACCGUGGUCUCCAGAGGUAAACAUGUCAGUCACAUGUGGUUAUUGGGCACAGGAAACUGAAGCAAACUCUCUUUCCAUGAUGUAGGUGUUGCAGAUCAACCGGCUUAUGACAUCUGUAUUGAAUUACACCCACCUUUCAAUGCACUUAUGUGUCCGCGUGUUGUUAUCGUCAACCUGAUAACAUCUGUAUGGGAUUUCACCACAGUGUGCCUGUCUUCACUGUGUGUGGGCUCCUCUCCCCCGAGCUUUCCAGCUACAGGAGACCUGCUGAGGUUUGAGUGGAUGUUAAAAGUCUGCUGAGGACACAUGACCGCAUGGUGUAAGACAACCCAGAAGUGACCCACGGUGGUUCACAUCAGGGUCACAGCACUCUUUUGUCUUAUGGGCCAGCCUGGGGCGUAUAAUGGACCACUAAAAGGGAACAAAGGUUCUCACUUAAACCCAGUUGUCCCCCAUGGUCAGCUGAGUCCUUUCUCUACGCAGUGAGUAGGUAUGCUGAAUGGAGAAGAACACCAAAUGACUUGUAUGUUCCCUUUCAUUUAGCCCCGUAAUGACAUAGCGUUGCACCGGCAUUCAAUCUCUGCUGACAUUGGACGCUUAGAACUCGCUAUUCCUGAUUGUCAACUGGCUUUGUAUUGCUUUUUAAGAAGGUUCAGAAAGAGUUAGGUACAUUAGUACCUAAAACCUCAACUCUGUCUGCAUUGUUUCAUGAGCUCAUACCACAGUUGAAUCACUGAAUCACACAUUAAAGAGGGGACAAGGUAGCUUGACUUUUCAUGAGUGUGCAACAAGUUUAGUAAAAGGAAUGUUGGUCUAAUUUCAGUCUGACUUUAGGGAAAAUAAUGUAGAAACCUCUACCCUAAAGUGUCUGAUGACACAACCAACAAAACUGAAAACAUUUCUACUUUGGGGAAGUGUUUUUUUUUUUGUUUUUAUAAAACAUGCACGUGAAAGCAAAAGUAUACAAAAAAAAAAAGCCCAAACAGAAGAAGCUUCCCCUCGCGUGCUUUGAGACUGUCUGGCUGUGAGUCAUGUCGGGGGCGUCUUAUGGGCUAGAUAAAGUUUUUAAGUUGCUAAUGAGUCACACAUUGUCUGCGUGUUUACUCCAAGAGCGCAAGCCUCUCGUGCUUUUCAUCUCCCGCCGCAAAAUCUUUUACGCACACUGUGAAGACAUGUUUCAUCUGUACGCUCCUGGUGUGGUAAGCUCAUUUUCAGCCCUUUCCAGAUGGUCUUUUAAGUCUGCCUGUAUUUAUUUUUCCCUUUGCGGAAAGAAAAGUUGCACUUUGAACUGGGGAUCCGGUUGUGUGCCUACGCACCUUGGUCUCGUUAACAGUGGCGAUGUCCUUAUUUCUCCACACGUCCCGUGUUUCACUCUCUUUUGAACGCUUAAGAUUUUAUGGUAUUCUCAAGAGCGAGAUCACAGAGGCACAGUUUUCUUUUAGAAAUGAUUGAAACGCUGCUUUUACUUCUGGUGCUGUUGUGAGAAUAUCUCCAGUGUUUUCAUGAAGAACCAGUGGCACCGCAUGUGAACUGGCCUUAGGCAUGCUGCUCUGACUGGAUCAGCUGACUUGCAGCAUACAGACACGGUAUUUUUCAGGUUGCUGCUUCCAUGGUUUCCACAGGUUUUGCGCAUCCAUUUCUUAACGGCGAUGAUGAUUAUUGUUAACAUAUCAUUGUUUUUCUGCUCUUUUGUGUCCCUGAGCUUAUCUCAGAGACUUGAGACUGGUUUGAACAGGUUUUGUGUGUGCGGUCCAGUUGUAAUCAUUCAAAGAGUGUCUUUCAAUGGGAUCAGAGCUUCAGAUGCACUUUCAAAUUCCAGAGGCGGGGUCUCUCUGGAAUUCCGUUGGGUUUGGCCUCAUCCUGUCCCUUGAAAAAGCUCCUAGUGGCUGUCCUCUGGCCCAGCCCAGCUCUCUUCUGGAUGUCGGGCAACGGGAGCCACAGACAUGCACAACUGGUAGACAUCUUGGCUCAGAGGAGGGAGGUGCAUCAGUUCAGCUGUUGCAGGACAGCUGGCUCUCUAGAGGGGCCUGACGGGAAGCAGGGGUCUACCAGCUUCGCCUUAAGCCCAAAAUGUCACUUCAUUCUUCUGCUUGAUAUUCUUAUGACCGGUUUGUUGAAAAGUGAGAGAAAAAAAACGAUGCCUGCACGCUGACGAAGUGGAUUCAACGUCCUCAGCGAAUCCUCUUUGUCUUUUCAGUUUCCUUCCUCUGCUCAGAUCGCAGUGAUCCCAUUGGUUGGUGCUCCGAGGUGUUUGUGCAGCAGAAGCAUGGCCUGUACGACCCCAUUUCCUCUUCCUGUCCAGUCAGUGUUAAUAAUAACCCCUGUUUUUCAGACCCCCUCUAUUCCCAGGGGGUAUAUUUAAGAGCUUCCAAAUCCAUAUCCCUCUCUCUGCCAAAGUGACUCAGCUGAUGGCUUUUCCAAACGACAGUUAUUCAAGGCAGGAGCGUAAGGAGAGACAGAACAUCUGCUGACAGCCAGGUCCCCAUAGCAUAUUUAGUUGGUUAUUGAGAUGACCACAGCAAUAUGCAGAACAGCGACAGAGGUAUCUGGGACUGUGUUUGUGGGCGUGAGACACCAGAGCUGCUGAGACUAAUUGAGAUUUGCUGACUGUUAAGUUGAUUUGCUGCCCCAGAGGCCAAUCAGAUUAUACCUUGUUGGUUUCCAAAGGGCCCCUUAACUUUAUUUUAUCGCACAUUUCACCAUCUUCCUAAAGCUCUCACAUGCCAGCUUCAGACUCUGACUGAAGGGAUUUGUACGACGCAGGAUAGCUGUGUGUGUCUAAUCACGUGUGCUUGAGCAGUGGUUAAAAUUGAGUUCAUCUCUUUGCAAACAGCGAGACAUUUAGAAAAAUCUGAUGGGAAUUUAAUUAUCAUGUCUCUUAACUUCUGUGAUGAAUUGCAGUCCAUAAUCCCCACCUUCAGCUAACAUUCAACUCUUUGACAGAUGAGCUACUAGCAGGCAACACACACACACCCUUUCCAAACAACUCUCAUUGUGAGUCGAGUAAAGUCCAGGCCUGUUCAGUGUUAUGUAAGAGCCGGCCUGGUUUCCCCUGUCUGACUCUGGAGGUUAAAGAUGGCCUCUUCCCUAUCAUCUUUCUCUCCCCUCCUCCCCCCCAUUGCUGUUGUUUUCGGAGGCGUCUCCGUGACGAUGGCACAGCAUUCAUUAUGUGAGCCCCCCCCCCCCACACACCCCUCACUACCACACAGAGGCCCCUGAAUGAGCCCUGAGGAAUGCCAUCCUUCCCGCUCAUUCCCUCGCUGAACUCUCCCACGACUAAUCCCCACCCCUUCUCAUUUACACAUGCUCACACCCUCCUCUCUUGUCUCCUUAGCUCUGUUGUCCCCCCUCACCCCAACCCCCACCAAUCGUCUCCCUGCUCUCGGGCCCGUUGCUGUUUUCUCACCAUUGUACUGUCUUUGUCCCUUGUUCGGCUCGGGGUUUGUAAUCAUACUUUAUUUGGUUGACCUGAGGUUUUACUGAUAUGCGAGUGUUGUUCUUGCUGUGUAACGGGAUUAGAGACUUUAGGUAAGAGAUCGAAGACACCGUAAAGACUUGCUGUUGGAGUUGGCUCCCCAAAACCCCCUUUUUGCGAUCGCGUUGAGCAUCACACCAAACUCCCUGCUGACAGCCAACAUAAUGUGCCAGCGCUGGAGGGGGUGAACGUGCUAGACCUUUGCUGAUCCUGGGUGGGACAAUGGUCGGCAGACAACAGAGACAAAGCCUGACAAAAUCCCUCUCUGCCAACACCAUGAGCUGGACUUCCUCCCAGGCCCAUGAAUGUGUUCUGUUUCAGUCCCUGAAGAAUAGGUUGUUUAAUGUUUCUACUGAAUUUAUCAUAAGAUAUUAUUUGGUGUUUUGUAUGGACAGGAAGGAAUAGUAAAGACACUUUGAGUGUUUGUUUUUUUAGAUAUGAAGAUGGAGCAUCUACGGGAUAUAGAAUUUCCCAUGUAUGAUGUGAAACUUUUUGUAAAUCUGUACAUAAGCUCCCUAUAAUUAAGUUUUAGCCCACACUUCCGCCCUGGGAGCAGUGUGUGAGCAUUACAUGCGGCAUUUCCUGUUUGUGUUACAUAUGGGGAAGCCCUCUACGACCCUCCAGAGGACCUCCUCCGACAGGAAGUAGUGGUCACUACUAUCUCAGGGUCAGUCCUCAUAAAGUACGUCACCCACCCAACAAGAAGAUGGAAGAUAGCCAUGUUGUUUACUUACAGUCGGCCAUUACAUGAACCCCAGAUUGUUUUAUGUGUGAACAACGAGGUUUGAUUUGUUGUUGGAUAAUGGAAGGGGAAUUUGAUUAUUGUGGUUUCAUGUGUGAGGUCCGCUGUGUUCUUUGGCCAUCCAAUCCUAAUUGCCUUGAUGUUUCAUGUGUGAGCUGUUCCUGUUCCUAGCAAACCGGCGCUAAACAGUCAGCUGCUGAGGUGGGAAUGAUUUUUGGAGCAUUUGUAUCACCUCCUCCUGCCUGACAGGGCCAGAGUGCGAAAACAUACACUGCUUCAAAGAGUACGAACAGUGGCUUCUCAUGUUUACAGCUGUCACCUAUCAACCCCCCCUUCUCCACCCUGUGUAACCACACACACUCACACUUGCUCGUAACUACUAAACAGCGGUGGUUUGGGGUGAAUCCCGUCUUGUCAGAAGCUUCUUGUCUUCACACGUGUCUGUCUUUGUGUGUGUCUUAUGUGUCAUUUAGACGGUAAACCUUCUUGUGUUGGUCUCGGGGAGGUGGGGGCCCUGGAGCGUUCCCAACAGCAGUGCUUGUGGCAGGCUGUCCUGGUGCUGUGCCAGGUGGCUGAGAGCCAGCUUGUUUAUAGGGCCCUGCCUGGAUGGCGAAUCUGUGGGACCGUUGGAAGAUGGGAGCCUGUUUACAUUCAAAGACGUGGUGUGACUCACUCUAUAGACGGGGGGGGGAGGGAGAGAGAGGGAGAGAGGGAGAGAGAGAGAGAGAGAGAGGGAGAGGGCGAGGGAGAGAGGGAGAGAGCGAUAGUGUGAGUGAGUUUACCGUUGGCUUCAGGGGAAUCAUUUUAGCAUUGUUCCAGGGAGAGGAGGAGGAGGGGGGGGGGGGGGGGCACUCCGCCUCCUUCCUCCUCCCUCUGUGUCCUCUUUCUACGGUUACAGCCCAACUCUCCACUUAGUCAUAGUGCUCUUCUUGGAAAAGGGAAGCCUUUGAACACUUGCUCUGGCUGUGUUUAUGUUUGGAUUCACAAAGGACAGAAGGUGAUCCGCCGUGAUCGAAUUAAUUACCCCCCACUGAAUGUUAAGAAGAGGUUGCAGGGAGGGAAGGGAUGCCUCUCAAAGAUGGCAGCCUGCACCUGGUUCUAAGGCAGCCAUGCUGGUGAAGGUGAACAGCAUGAGCCGUAGCCAGCCCAUCCCAGGCCCGCAGCAGCAGCAGCAGCACCUCCAGCACAGUGCACAUGGCAAAGCCAACACCUUCACCCUGCACCCAUCCGGCAGCAAGCCCCAGGGGGGGCACUCAAACUCUACCCAGGGAUAUAAAACUGCCCCUUCUGGCAAAAUGGCUGUCGACACACGUCAGGCCCAUCACCUGAGAAAAGCCAGCAAUGGCAGCUUCUGUAUGGUGUCGUUAGACGGUAGCCAACCCAGUCCGCUCCUUCACAGGUCACAGACCAGCACACCGUGCCCCGUCUCUCCCCAGUAUGGUUGCACUACCCCAAUCUAUGACGAGCCGGUUACAGAGUGUCCCAUAUAUGAUGAACCCCCGACAGACAUGGAGGUAGAGGGGGCGCACCUGUACAACGGACACCCUCUGUCUCGCCUGACACCUACCCAUAGCCUCCAGAAACCCAGACAGCUCCAGCACCCUGGUUCUUCUCAUUCAGGGUCCAGACACAAGAGGAACCCCUCUGCCUCUGACUACAGCCCAGCUGGUCUGGAGUGCAUCAAGCACAUGAUCAAUGUGGACCCCAAACAGGGGCUGCUAUCCGGCUCUCCUGUAACGACACGUACCCCUUCCCCUACCUCCAGGCAGGAUCCUGUCUUGACCCAGCCUCAGCCACAUCCCCAGCCCCAGGCCCACUCUUUGCCCCAGACUCGAGGCCCGUUGAGGGACAGAGAGCCAGGGACCCCGGGCCCAAGUACACUGGACAAGAAGCAGAACUGGCGGGUCCUUGAGGCCACUGUCCAGCGCGCCAUGGAGGCACGACACAGCAGGCAAAGCAGCCAGGCCUCGCAGGACUUCCUCUCCUCAACCCCCACAGCAAACCCCACGGCAAACUAUCAAGACUCCGGUUACUCCACCGGCCCCUCUCCAAGUCUGAGAAGGAAGAGCAGGAGGAGGGUGGGAGCCGGUGGUGGUGCUGCAGGAGGCAGGCCGGGCUCAGUGGGCAGCAGUGGGGAGCUGUGCGCCCUCAACGAGAGGCUCAUGGCCGAGAUGAGGGAGGUGGUGAGUCGCUCCAACACCAUGAGGGAGGUGAGAGCCGGGCUGGACCCGGAAAUGGGCGAGAGGGGGGUUGUCGUACCCCGGACGCGCUCCCCCGCCGACUCACUCAGGUGGUACGGAGGAGGCGGGUCGGCCAGCAGGUGCGCAUCGCGGGAAGACCUCCCCGGGGCGCCCCGGUCUCUGAAUAGGGUGGGCAACCACAGCAAUCCGGCACUGACGCCUCUGGAGAUACCGGGGAGGCAGAAAAGGACCUUUGAGAAGGUGGACACCUUGGAGAUGAGUGUGGAUAGCCAAGCCAGCCUGUCCUCGCCAGAGACCCCAGGGCCGCCCUCUCAGGAGGGCACCCUUGAACUGCAGGCUCAGUUGGAGAGCCGGAAGAAAGGCAUGGUGGAUGGGCGGACGGCUUCUCUGGGCCCUCACCGGCCUACCAGCCACGACAACAGGGAGGGAGGUGACGGGGCGGGAGGGAGAGCGAGCUCCUACCAGCUCUGCUACGCCACCCUGCGGCAGCCCCCGCCUCCCGACACGGGCAUGGAGGACUGGGCCAGCAAGCACCUCAACAUGCACACGCAAGGCCUGUUCCGCCGCCGCGUCUCCAUCGCCAACAUGCUGUCGUGGAACCGCGGCUCCAUCAAAAAGCCCAUGCUGGUCACCAGCAACCGCGCCGUCAGGAAGGAGGCCUGCGAGAUGUUCAAGCUGGUGCAGGCCUACAUGGGAGACAGGCCCUCGCGUCUGGACCGCCGCCACUGUGCCCUCCUCGUCAUCACCAAGUGCUGGGACAUGCCGGGGCUGCGGGACGAGCUGUACGUGCAGCUGGUGAGGCAGACCACGAGCAACGCCACCCCAAGGAGCUUGGCGGCGGGCUGGGAGCUGAUGGCCGUCAGCUUGGCGUUCUUCGCCCCCUCUCCCAAGUUCCGCUGCUACCUGGAGGGCUACAUCCAGAGACACACGGAGCCCACCAGCGACAAGAAAUGUGAGUCUCAGACUGAGCAAGAGGUGACUCAGUUCAUAUUGGAGCAGCAGGAACUAAAGCUGAAGAAGAAUUCAAAGUCCAGAAAGAAGAGGAAGCAGAGUACAGAUGAGGAAGAAGGUCUGCCCAUCAGCACAUAUUCCAAGUUCUGCUAUCGGAAACUGCAGAAGGUGGCGAUCACCGGAGGCAAAAAGGGUCUUCGUAAGCCCACUUUGGAGGAGAUCGACCACAGUAGGCGGGCCAUCGUCACGCCCUCCCUGUUUGGCAGUUCUCUGGAGGAGGUGAUGGAGAGGCAGAGCGAGCUCUUCCCCGACAGGAAACUGCCCUGGGUGCAGGUUCAGCUUUCCCAGUAUGUCCUGGCUCUGGGCGGGGCUCAGACGGAGGGCAUCUUCAGAGUGCCGGGAGACAUUGAUGAAGUGAAUGCGCUGAAGCUCCAAGUAGACCAGUGGAGGAUCCCAGAGAAUCUCUCUGAUCCCAACGUUCCUGCCUCUCUGAUGAAGCUGUGGUAUCGGGAGCUGGAGGAGCCUCUCAUCCCCAUGAACUUCUACAAGCAGUGCGUCAGCAACUGUGACGACCCAGCGGCGGCCAUCGCUGUGGUUCAGUCCCUGCCGGAGCUCAACAGGCUGGUGCUCUGCUACUUCAUCCACUUCCUGCAGGUGUUCGCUCAGCCGUCCAACGUGGCUGUGACCAAGAUGGAUGUGAACAACCUGGCCAUGGUGAUGGCGCCCAACUGCCUUCGGUGCCAAUCCGACGACCCGCGGAUCAUCUUCGAGAACACGCGCAAGGAGAUGUCCUUUCUGAGAAUGCUGAUCGUUCACCUGGAGACGGGUUUCAUCGAAGGGGUGGUGUAGCAUCUCCAGUUACACAUUUACAAUCAUGCGCAAACACUGUUUCGUUUCAGACCACACUGGAAACUCUCUGGGUGAGAUAUUACAACACUAGCACUGUGAAAACAGCUCAGACUUUGGACCGCUUGUUCUCGCUUUAGCUUUCUCACUGAGAGACAAAUCACAUCACCUUUUAGGUUUUCACUGUGUUUCUUUGAUACUAAAAUCAACAGCGACGGCUUUAAAGUGUAAGCACUGCACGUGAAAACAGAUUUACUCUGAAU